AAUCUCCUUAAAGCAGAUUUGCCGCCUCACCGUGGGUGCUGGAGGUAUGUCGGCGUCUGUCUCCCAGGAUACGACGGUUUAGAACCCGCUAAUGCAGAAGCACCUUCUGCUCAGCUCCGGCGAACUAACAAUGGUAGCACUCUCUCACACAGGAAGAAUAUAUUAUAGGAGUAGACUGACUAUAAUAUGGGAGCAAAAAUUUUUGUACUUCAACCAAAGAGGAUGGUCUCCUUUUAUACACAAUGGGGAGGAGGAGAGAACUUAGCUUAUUUUGUGAUCAUUUUCACAAUGUUGAGCAUGUCCUUAUAUAGGCAUCUUUGGCAAGACAUAUGGCAAGGCCAUGUGUACCUCAUGGCUUCCAAAACCAUGUGUCCGUCAUGGUUAGGCCAUGCGUGCCACAUGGUUUCCAACAUUAGGCCACACCAUGUAUACCAUAUGGUUUCCAGCAUUAGGCCAUUCAUCCACACAUCCAUACCACAUGUUAAAUGCACAAUCAUCAUUCUCAAUCUCUCAUUUAUGAGACCAACUUAAUGAAACAAUUUUUCAUUCAAUCCUCAAACCAAAAAACCAUAUUUUCCAACAAACAGUACCAUGUUUGAGGAGAAGGCUCAGAGAAUAUCGGAAGCUGCAAUAGCAUUGAAGGACGAAGCAGCAAAUGCUUGGGAUAAUGUUAAUUCUACGCGCAAUACCAUUCAAGAGAUUAUGAAUGAAGAAACUGUUGCUCAAGAAGCUGUUCAGAAAGCAACAAUGGCCCUUUCUUUGGCUGAAGCGAGGCUUCAAGUGGUAGUGGAUUCACUAGAAGCUGCGAAAGGAAGAAAGAGUGAUUUAGAAUAUAAAAGUGGAGGGGAAGAAUCGAAUAUAUUGAGGAAAGAUGAGGAAGCAGUCUUGGUUGCUUGAGAUUUAUGAAGCACGGACACCUCUUCGGAGGCAACGUAUGGGUGUCGGAUACGUGUCGGAAACGGACACGGACACGAGUCGGACACGUGGCCGACACUCUACCUAAUGUGUCCCCCCUUUUUUUUGAAUUUUUGCAGCCAGACACUCUUUUGGACACUCUUGGACACGUUAUGGACACGUUGAAAACAGAGAGAAACUCUAACCCAGGAGACAGAGAGAAAACCUAACCCAUUGAAGACA